CCUUCCUCAUAAAUUCCUGCUCCCUUCCAUAUUGCCUUCUGCUGUGCACUCCCGCCGCCGCCCGCCGAACGUUUUCACCCACCGAUCGGCUGCCGCCCUAAGAAGUUCUCCUCUAGCAGGAGCUCUCGUCUCGUCAAGAUGGGUAUUUCUCGUGAUUCUAUGCACAAGAGGCGUGCCACUGGAGGCAAGAAGAAGGCGUGGAGGAAGAAGAGAAAGUAUGAGCUCGGAAGGCAACCUGCCAACACCAAGUUAUCCAGUGACAAGUCAAUCAGGAGGAUUAGGGUUCGUGGAGGCAAUGUGAAGUGGCGUGCUUUUAGGCUUGAUACUGGAAACUACUCGUGGGGUAGUGAGGCUGUGACUAGGAAGACCCGUAUUCUUGAUGUGGUGUACAAUGCAUCUAACAAUGAGCUUGUUCGUACUCAAACUUUGGUGAAGAGUGCCAUCAUUCAGGUUGAUGCUGCACCAUUUAAGCAGUGGUAUCUUCAGCACUAUGGACUGGAUAUUGGACGGAAGAAGAAGACUGCAGCAUCUGCUAAGAAGGAAGAGGAAGGUGAUGCUGCUGCUGAGGAGGUGAAGAARAGUAACCAUGUCCAGCGCAAGCUGGAGAAGCGUCAACAGGAUCGUAAGCUUGACCCACAUAUCGAAGAACAAUUCAGCAGUGGUCGUUUGAUGGCUUGUAUCUCUUCAAGGCCAGGCCAAUGUGGUCGAGCUGAUGGAUAUAUCUUGGAGGGCAAAGAACUCGAGUUCUACAUGAAGAAGCUCCAGAAAAAGAAGGGAAAAGGAGCUGCUGCAUAAGUUUCGUCGUUGAGAUGAUCUGCCCGGUUUCCCCUUCAAUGAUUCUGUCUGCCCAUUUUCUUUUUUUCUCUAAUGAAGACGAUAUGUUGUUGCAGCUAAGAUGAAACAGUUAUUUACGAACUCAAUUUUGCUGGUAUUAGUUGUUUAAUUCAAAUACUUUCUUUGAUCCUUUUCGAUUAUAACAGUUUGUUUAGUAGCUCAGAGUUUUUAAGUGCCCUAAUCUAUUUAUGUGUGCU